AUGGCAAAUUCAUCUGGGACUAGAUCAUACGCCGACGACCCGGGAGUUGUUGUCUGGAACGAGCUCCAGGUCCCUACGGGCGAGGAGCUAGAUACGACUAGAUGGGCUGGAUAUUUUCACCCGCUAGUUCAGGCUCUGGGCUAUAGAGAUUCUUGUUGGGCAAGAGUUCAGGGACGCCUAGAUAUUAUUAUCCUAGCAACAUUAUGGGAAACUACCUCGGGUUUGAGGAAUUUUACAGCCUCGCCCUCCGCCCAGCUAUACCGGGAGAAUCUUGAGAGUAGAUCAAUAACGCUUUUAUCCUCCUAUGAAACACCCUACCGCGGCCUAGCAAACUGGUUCCCCUCUUUACAGCGAUCAUACGUUCAACUAUUCUGGGUUUACUUUUCGACGCCAGUGACCGAAGCCCCAAAAAGCUCGAGUUGCGAAGCUAAGAGGUAUUCGGCCACCCGCUCUAGGACCUGGGAUCCCAAUUAA